AUGGAUAUUCCUCCCGGGAAACAACAGGACAAAACCUCCACAGGAAAGUCAUGCCCCAAUGACUGGUUCCAGAAACAAGGGAAAUGUUACAAAUUUUACAUAAACUUUAAGUCAUGGAUUGAUAGUGAAAUAUCCUGUGCAGUAAAGAAAUCACAUCUCUUAGUGAUCCAAGACAAAGCAGAAUUGGACUUCAUACAGAGUAAAAUACAUGAUGGUGUUUACUUUUGGAUUGGACUGAAUGUUACAUACACACAGAAAACAUGGACCUGGCUGGAUGGCACACCAUUACACCCAAAGCUAUUUCAAGUUACAGGCCAGCUUGAAGACAAUGCCUGUGCCCUGAUAACAAGGAAGGGCAUUUUCUCUGAAAGGUGUUUCAUCGACAAUCACUGGAUUUGUCAAGAUGUGUCUAUAGAGGACAGAGUUUGA